AUGAUGGCAUCAUCACAGCUCCACGGCCUCAACCGCGGCAGACACUCCCCCGAGUGGACAGCCGAGAUGCGCGACCGCCAGGCCAGAGGCAAAGAUCCCACAAAGGAGGAAGAACAGCCCGAGCCCAGCAAGACGAAAGACUCUGACGCGCUGCAGAUAGGAGGACGCCACUAUGAAGAAUCUCACUUGGAAAAGGAGCGCAGGGGAGAGGCUCUGAGCGUCCUCGAUAAUCCAGAGGCCCUUCUAGCCCACGCCCAAGCCAGCGGCGACAGCGUCACUGGCCAGCGCGUCCGCUGGCUGCGGCAGCUAUGCGGCUACGACGAAGAUCGAGACAGACAACCGAUCCAUCCGAUGAGGAGCUCCAAGGGCCAGCAGUAUGCGGGUGAUCGGGGAGGUCGAUAG